AUGAACACCCACCAAUUACGGGCAGCUCUACAAAAUAUACCGUGCGAUACCAUAGGCGUUUACGCCUCUGACGAGAUACCAGCUGUAUGGAGUAAACCCGCGGCUAUUAUUGCUAAUACCGAUGAUCAUACAAAACCCGGGACACACUGGGUCGCUAUGUACGUCCGAAAGGACGGCAUCGGACACUAUUUCGACAGCUAUGGGUUGCCACCCAUCAUCCCCCAACAUCUCAAACGACUUAGAAGAAACUCAUACUCUACAACCCUCAACAAUUUCAAAGCAACACUUCUGACUCGUCUACCCAUAGUGGUACUAGCCUACUUAGUGCCUAAGAAGGAAGAUUCAAAGGGAAACAAACGCUGGAGAAUGGUUUUAGAUUUCCGCGCUUUAAAUGAAAAAACCAUUGGCGACGCUUAUCCAUUACCUAACAUUGUUGACAUCCUGGAUCAAUUAGGAGGAGCGGAAUAUUUCUCCGUAUGCGAUCUAGCUUCUGGUUUCCAUCAAAUAAAAAUGGCCCCCGCCGAUGGUCACAAAACGGCAUUUACUACUCCCUUCGGGCAUUAUGAAUUCGAACGAAUGCCAUUCGGAUUAAAAAAUGCACCUGCGACUUUCCAACGUUUAAUGGAUUUAGUAUUAUCCGGAUUGCAAGGCAAGGAAUUAUUCGUCUAUAUGGACGAUAUAACUGAAGUGACAUACCUUGGGCAUAUAAUAGGUAGAAACGGUGUUAAGCCCGAUCCGAAAAAAUUAGAAGCCGUAAGACAAUUUCCUCGACCAAAAACUCCGAAAAAUAUUAAACAGUUUCUUGGACUAGCGGGAUAUUACAGGCGAUUUAUACCAAAUUUUUCUGCGCUAGCCAAACCACUGUCUAACUUGUUAAAAAACGACGUUCGCUUCGAAUGGGCAUCCGCUCAAGAGGAUUCUUUCGAAGCAUUGAAAGAGAAAUUAUGCGAAGAACCAGUAUUGCAAUAUCCUGAUUUUUCUAAACCAUUUAUUUUGACUACCGACGCAUCUGGAAUAGCCGUGGGAGGCAUUUUGUCACAAGGAGAAAUAAAUAAAGAUCGACCAGUAGCAUACGCAUCUCGAACACUAACCGAUAAUGAAAUAAAAUAUGACACCUACGAAAAGGAAGCAUUAGCAAUAAUAUACUGCGUCAAACAUUUUCGUCCAUACUUAUACGGACGCAAAUUUACGCUAGUCACAGACCAUAAACCCCUACUCUGGUUCAAAAAUGCACAAGAUGCAAAUAUGCGUAUACUUCGCUGGAGACUUAAAUUAGCAGAAUAUGAUUACGAUAUAGUAUAUAAAGCCGGGAAAACUAAUGUAAAUGCCGACGCUUUAUCUAGAAAUCCAGUAGAUUACGAUGAAAGAAUCUGUAAUGUAGUUAAGCAUAAUAAAAUCUUAAAUCCUAAUGACCCGAAAGACGCAGAAAUUAUAGCCGAUUUAUUAGAAGAAACAGACGAAGAAGACGAAGACUUUGAAUUGUAUCUCUCAGACGAGGAGGAAUUUGAGAAUCCGCCGUCGGAUCUGUAUAGUAACCAUAUGGAUUCCACGCAGCCUGUGUCUACAAUGAGAGAGAAAGUAACUCAAGACUUUCCUACACGCGACAAAAUACAAACGAGAAGCCAGACAGCGAAGAUUAAAGACACCGCUCAUAAAUAUUCAACAGACGAAACCGAAUCAUCAAAGAUUAGAAACGGACCGACAGCAAGAGAAGCCGAUAAUACUGACGACGAGACAAUGGAAAGCCAAAACGAGGAAACAGAGAAUGAAGAAGAAGAAAACGACGAGACAAGAAAUAGAAAUGAUCCACCGGAUAAAGAAAGCGAUAGUGAAAAUGACGCAAAUAAAAUUAGCGAAAUAAAUAAACGACGAAAAGCAAAGCCUACUAUUAUUAAAGAUCAAAUAAUUAAAAGCAACGUUUUCGACUCUCGAGAAUUAUUAUUCUCGCGGAAGGAUAACGUGGCAUAUUUCGUAGAUACUACAGGAAAGCCUUUAGAUUCAGGCUCUCAAAAAUUAUUCGAAAGAAAUGAGCUUCCAAACUUGGAAGAUCUUACCUUAGGCAGGGUUAAGGCUAUAAAAUAUAAAAAACGUUACCAUAUGGCGUUGCCGAUUAGCGAGGGACAGCGCGAGGGUCCAACGAUGACUUUAACUCAGUGUCAGUUGAUAAAAUUAGUUAGGGUAAAAACUAAACAACCCAUGAUGAUAACUGACACGCCAGGAUCUUCUUUCGACAAAGUUGCUAUGGAUAUAGUGGGGCCGUUACCUAAAACCAUGAGAGGAAAUGAAUACAUUCUAACCCUGCAGGAUCAGCUGACAAAAUUCUGUAUGGGGAUUCCUUUACCUGACCAGACUUCCGAAACAAUAGCGGAAGCCUUUGUAGAUAAAUUUAUUUGUGUAUUAGAAGCGCCCAAAGCCAUAUUGACCGAUCAAGGAAGAAAUUUCAUUAGAGAAUAUUUAAAGCAGUAUGCUAAUGAACAAAAGCAAUGGGAUAGAUGGAUCGGACUCGCAAUAUUUAAUUACAAUACCAGCGUCCACGAAGCCACGAAGCACACGCCAUAUGAAUUAGUAUUCGGCAAAAUAGCAAGAAUUCCGUCUAAUGAACUCUUAGGCCCAGAAGAUAAAUUAGCAAGUUACGAUGACUAUUUGAUAAAUUUAGUUACGCAACUUCACGGCAUCCAAACCAACGCCCGCGAAAAUGUUAUUAAUGCGGAAAUUAAGUCGAAAAAACACUACGACAAGAAAAUUAACCCACAGACGUUUAAGCCUGGAGAUUACGUAUUCUUAUUAAAAGGGCCUAAACCCGAUGGAUCCCCGGGUUAUGGCUAUAAUACUAAUAAUAGCAUGGGCCCGCGAAACAGCCGGAAUAAUAGGCUACGAUUGCGGAUCACCGAUGGCAAAUAUAACAACAAUGUCCUUGCUUAA